AUGGAUUCUCCUUCCGCACCUCAAUAUCCUGUCUAUCCACGAUAUUCACGGGCUCCGUCUCGCGCUCCGUCUCGCGCUGGUACCGCAUCAGCGCGCCCAUACUCUGCAAUGUCUAAUGCGACUUCCACCGCUGCUACCCGAGUGAUCUGUGCCAUUACCCAGGGACGCGGUGUUGCAGCGACUGUCGGCAUGUGCUUUUUCUCGAUCGACACAGGAGAGUGCAUUCUUUCUGAAAUCGUUGAUACCCAAACCUACGUGAGAACGGUCAAUAAGCUGGCUGUUUGUAUGCCUGUCGAGGUACUUGUUCCUUCUACGACCCUCGAGGCGCCUGCAGGGGGGAUGCUGGUGAAAGUCAUCCAAGAGAAUUUUCCAAAUUUGAAAGUCACCGGAGUCUCACGCAAUUUCUACAACGAAGCAGAAGGCAAGAGAUAUAUCCAGGAGCUGUCGUUUAAGGACGAUCUGGAUAGUAUAAGCAUGCUAGUCAUGUCCAAGUUUUACGCUGUUUGUGCCGCUGCUGCUGUUAUCAAGUACAUCGAUACUAGCCUAAACUUGAGAUUCGCUCUACACAGCUUACGAGUGAGAUAUGAAAGUAGCGAAGGCAGCAUGCUUAUUGACUACGACACCGUUCGCGCUUUGGAACUUACGCAGAACUUGGUUGAUCCGAAAUCCAAGUACUCAUUACUGGGAGUACUGGAUAAUACGAGCACCCCGAUGGGUGGUCGACUUUUGCGCUCACAAAUUCUGCAGCCGCUAACAGAUAAGCAGACGAUCGAGAGACGGUAUUCCGCUGUCGAGGAACUGACGGCGAAUGAAGAGUUAUUUUUUGGCUGUAAAUCUGCCUUGAAGUCGUUCCAAGAUCUUGAUAGGCUUUUGACCUCUCUGAUAUCGAUUCCGACAAAGCCAUCAAUCAAAUUUUCAGAGCAGCGGAUUAAUUCGAUUAUCCUAUUAAAGCAGUCAGUGAAUCUGAUUAGCGAGGCAUACGAGGCCACAGCGUCAGCUCGCUCGAACCUUCUCAUUUCUGUUCGUGAGCUAUGUAGACAUCCAAGCUUGUCGGCGGUCAAGGCUCUAAUCGAUGCCAGUAUCAACGAAGACUGCGUUUGGGCAAAGACACCGGUUGAAUCGCGCAAUCAGAGAUGCUACGCGGUCAAGAAGGGGAAAAACGGGUUUCUGGAUGUGGCUAGACAGACGUAUAAAGAAGCUACGGAGGAUGUCAUGGAGGUGAUUGCACAGCUAAAGGAAGAGUAUGACUUGCAGCAACUUGAGGUCAAGUAUGAGAUUGCAAGAGGAUACUACGUCCGAGUACCUAUCGACACACUUCGAGGUGAGGACGGCGAAGGUCCAGUAUCUCUUCCAGAGGUCUUCAUCAACCGAAUGACAAAGCGCGACCACAUCGAAUGCAGCACGCUCGAGCUUCUCAAAUUGAAUGGCAAAUUACGAGAUGCUUUGGCAGAGAUCAUAUUGAUGUCUGAGCAAACGGUGGAACAACUGAUCGAAGAGGUGCGGUCUCAUAUCCCGGCGUUAUAUAAGGCAUGCGAGGGAAUUGCGAUGCUGGAUGCGAUGGUGUCAUUUGCGCACGUCGCGGUCUCAAGCGAGAAGGGAUAUGUGAGGCCGAUUCUGAUGGAGCGUACGAAGCAGCUGCCACGGCUGUUUGAGAAUCCAGAGAACAAAGAAGAUGAAGACGAAGCGGUUUUGGCUAUAAAGAAUUCACGUCAUCCGAUCAAAGAGAUUGUGCUUGCUAAGAAGGGAAGCCAGUUUGUCGAGAACGACGUGUAUGCCAGUCCGGCGACAUCGAGAUUUCAGAUUAUCACGGGAACUAACAUGUCGGGGAAAUCGACGUAUAUUCGCCAGGUAGCACUGCUGUGUAUUAUGGCGCAGGUAGGAAGUUUCGUGCCGGCAGAUCAUGCGCAAUUUCCAAUCCUGGAAGGCAUUUUUGCCAGGAUUUCAGCGGGCGAGGACGCCGAAAUCACAGCCACGCAGUCGUUAGUGUCGACAGGCGGCGAGGAAGGCGGCGGGUCAGUGACGGGGACAUCUACUUUUGCGACAGAUAUGGCAGGAGCGGCGUUCAUUCUGGCGAAUGCAAAGCCACGGACGUUAGUGCUGAUUGAUGAGAUGGGGAGAGGGUCUUCUGUUCGAGAUGGACUUGCGAUCACGACUGCGAUUGCGGAGAGUUUGGUUGAUACGGGGGCUACUGUGCUGUUUGCGACGCAUUUUCUGGAAAUCGCGAGGGUGCUGAGUGGACGGGGCGGGGUAGCUGAGCUGCAUAUGCGGGUCGAUGUGGAGGACUCUGCGGCAGCGGCAGGUAAUGAGGAAAAUACAGGAUCGACCAAGCUGCGGAUGAGGUACAAGAUAAGUAACGGGGUCGUAUCGCCUACGAUGCACUACGGACUGCGAUUGACGAGGGUACUCCCGUUUCCCAAAGAUAUGCUUGAUCGAGCAGAAGAGAUAUCAAACUACCUUGACGCGAGAGAAACAAAAUCCCGCGCGAAGACAGGUUUGAAGACACAGAUUGUGCAGCGACGGCGGACGAUUCUGGACUUGUUGACGAGUUUGAAGGGAGUUUGGCAGUACUGCGAGGAGACGCUGGGUAAGGCGGGGGAGGCGACGGAGGUGGAGGAGAGGAAUGCAGAUGUGGUGCUUGGGAGGUGGCUUGAUGAGUUGCAGCAGAAGUUUGUUGUGAAGAUGAUGGAGGCGGGAGAGGAGUGAUAUCUGGUUGCUGGUUGCUGAUUGCUGUUGUGUUUGCGUAUUUGCUGGUUGCUAAUGAGAGUAGUUGCGAGGGAUGCAGAUGAGCUUUAAAUACAAAAGAAAAGACUACAAGUAAGCCGCCUAUUGCAUGAUCUAUUGAACACAGUUGAGGACAGGGAAGAGGUCCGGGAGUUGACAGGGAGGAUAGUCUUUAAUCUGAGUUGCCAUUUUGUGUUUUGUUUCCUACAAGCGAGCUGACAGGCAAAAGCCACGGAAGUUGCCGCGAUGAGGCG